UAGGAGUUUGGGACACAAGGCUAAACUCUGUCCUUGGGCCGCCAGAAGUGGCAACGUGUCCCCAUCCCUGGGCUUGGAAAGGGGCGGCAUAAAAGGGGCUGCGGCUACCCCCACCGUCCCAGAGAGCCACUCUGCCAUCAGCAUGUGGAAACUCCUUCUCCUCGCGUUCCUGCUGGCUGCCGAGGCCCACGGCUGUGGAGACCCCGUGUAUUCCCCCGUCCGAACCGGGGUAGUUAACGGAGAAGAUGCCAUUCCUUACAGCUGGCCCUGGCAGGUAAGUGUCCUGCAAUACCAGGCUGGAGAUUACUUCUACCACACCUGCGGGGGGAGCCUCAUCCACCCCAACUGGGUGAUGACCGCUGGGCACUGCAUCUCUCCACAGAACCGCUACAGGGUCGUCCUUGGUGACUAUGACCUGCGCAAGAAAGAAGGCCCGGAACAGGUGAUCUUAAUCAACCCUGGGGAGAUCUUUUUGCAUCCUGGCUGGAACCCCAACUGCAUCUCCUGCGGGGACGAUAUCGCUCUGAUCAAACUUUCCCCGGCCGUUCUCAACGACAAGGUGCAGCUGGCGUGCCUCCCCCCACGAGGAGAAGUGCUCCCUAACCAUCAUCCCUGCUACAUCACUGGCUGGGGCAGGCUCUACACCGGAGGCCCCACCCCUGACGUCCUGCAGCAGGCACUUCUGCCAGUGGUGGACCACGCGCAUUGCUCCCAGCCGGACUGGUGGGGAACUUCGGCCAAGGAGAGCAUGGUGUGUGCCGGCGGGGACAUCAAAUCCGCCUGUCACGGUGACUCCGGUGGCCCCCUCAAUUGCCCAGCUGCUGACGGCCGGUGGUACGUUCAUGGGGUGACCAGCUUCGUCUCGAUAUGGGGCUGCAACGUCCUGCAGAAGCCCACCGUCUUCACCCGCGUCUCUGCUUUCAUCCCCUGGAUGGAGCAGGUAUUGCCCAGCCUCCAUAUUUGGGGGAGGGGGAGGGGACAGCUUCCAGGCCCUCCUCGCCUGGCCAAGGCGCCAGCUGUUGCUUUCCCUGGGGAGCAGGCCUUGGCUGACCCCGCCAGGGCCAUGGGCAUUGUCACACCUGCUGUGCCCAAGGUCCCCGUGGCACCUGUGGGGAGGGGUAUUUAA